CCCAAAAAGUAAGAAAACUGAAGAACGCGGCUGACUAGUGUGACCACUUGACGAUUACCCACAAAUUCACUUUUCCGGCAUUUCGUAUUCGGGAUUUUUUUGCAACGACGAACCCAUGAAGCUCCUGAUGCUCGGCACGAUUUUGGCAUUCUUUUCUGUAAUCUCGGCGACAAUGGCGGCUAACAAGGAGAGGACUUUCAUCAUGGUCAAGCCCGAUGGCGUCCAGCGCGGACUCGUCGGCAAGAUCAUCGAGCGCUUCGAGCAGAAGGGCUUCAAGCUGGUCGCCCUGAAGUUCACCUGGGCCUCCAAGGAGCUGCUGGAGAAGCAUUACGCCGAUCUGUCUGCCCGCCCCUUCUUCCCCGGACUCGUCAACUACAUGAACUCCGGACCCGUGGUGCCCAUGGUGUGGGAGGGUCUCAAUGUAGUCAAGACCGGUCGCCAGAUGCUCGGCGCCACCAACCCCGCCGACUCCCUGCCCGGCACCAUCCGCGGUGACUUCUGCAUCCAGGUCGGACGCAACAUCAUCCACGGCUCCGAUGCCGUCGAGUCUGCCGAGAAGGAGAUCGCCCUGUGGUUCAACGAGAAGGAGCUGGUCACCUGGACCCCGGCCGCCAAGGACUGGAUCUACGAAUAGGCGGCUGCUGCAAUUGCCUGCCCUCGUCUAAGCUGAAUACAGAUUGAUUCUUCUAAAGAAAUAAAAUUCCACGAUAAUUAGUA